AGAGAGCUUAGUGAGGGGUCAUUUGUUGCAUAGGACGCCGAGAAAGCAAGUGGCAUAGGAGUUUAGUGGGGUUUUUUUCCCCCUUCUUCUUCUUCUCCCCUCUUUUCCCCUGCCUGUUCCCGAGAUCUCCGACCUCUAAUGCAGAGAGAGACUCUCCCUCAACUCGUCGCCAUUUCUGGAGUUUCCUUUUUUUUUUUGGAUUUUUUUUUAGGGGGGUGAAGGAUUAUUCUUUUGAAGGUGCUUCUUAGGGAUUUGGGGCCUCUUUCUCCCCCCCCUCCCCUCGGUUUUCUUUUUCCUUGGCGUCCAGUGGAUUGUAAAGCUGCUGCUCGUAUUGCUGGUUCAAAGGGAGGGGACGUUUGCAAGGGAAAGGAAGGGGUCUAAAAAAGGGGGGUGGUCUCCCUGUCCGGACGGGCUUGGAGGAGAUGCGAGCCCGGCCACGGGAUGCCUGCAGCAUUCAGAGAGAAAGCUCAGAGGAUCCCCUGCUGACUUGAGAAAGAGACCACGCUGAUUGCAGUGAGGAACCGGGGGUGGGGGGGUGGGGGAAAAAAAAAGGAAAAAAAAAGAAAACCCCUUGUGUGAGCAGAAGUCCGUAGCCAUGAGUAGUGCGGUGAUGGUGACUCACCUCUCAGACUCCAGCAGCAGCUUCAGAGAGGACGCCCCCCGCCCCCCUGUUCCAGGGGAAGAAGGAGAGACAUCAUGCCAGCAGCCCACCCACCCCUACGUGGGCAAGAGCCAGACAAUCCAGGCGAUGUCCAUCUCCUCCAACCCCAGGAGAAAUGAGGAUGGCCUGGGAGAGCCAGAAGGCAGCGCCUCUCCAGACUCUCCCCUGGCACGAUGGAGCAAGUCCUUACAUUCCUUGCUGGGAGAUCAAGAUGGUGCUUAUCUCUUUCGGACUUUCCUGGAAAGGGAAAAAUGUGUGGAUACUUUAGACUUCUGGUUUGCCUGCAACGGGUUCAGGCAGAUGAAUCUUAAGGAUACCAAAACUCUAAGAGUAGCCAAAGCUAUUUACAAAAGGUACAUAGAAAACAACAGCAUUGUCUCGAAGCAGCUCAAGCCAGCCACCAAGACCUUCAUCAGAGAUAGUAUUAAGAAGCAACUCAUAGAUUCGGUCAUGUUUGAUCAAGCUCAGACGGAGAUUCAGACUGUGAUGGAGGAAAAUGCCUACCAGAUGUUUUUGACGUCUGAUAUAUACCUCGAAUACGUAAGGAGUGGGGGGGAGAAUCCUGCUUACAUGAGCAACAAUGGACUUGGGAGCUUAAAGGUGGUCUGUGGUUAUCUCCCCACCUUGAAUGAAGAAGAGGAGUGGAGCUGUGCAGAUUUCAAAUGCAAGAUCUUGCCUUCUGUGGUUGGACUGUCCAGCAAAACACUAAGGGCUACAGCAAACGUGAGAGCUACAGAAACCGUUGAAAAUGGAUACAGGUCCUACAAAAGGAACGAUCCAGUUAACCCAUAUCAUGUGAGCUCUGGUUACCUCUUUGCCCCAGCAACUAGCGCCAAUGACAGCGAAAUCUCAAGCGAUGCCCUGACUGAUGACUCCAUGUCCAUGACCGACAGUAGCGUGGAUGGCGUCCCCCCUUACAGAGUCGGGAGCAAGAAGCAGCUUCAGAGGGAAAUGCAUCGGAGCGUGAAGGCCAAUGGGCAGGUUUCUCUACCUCAUUUUCCGAGAACCCACCGUCUUCCUAAGGAGAUGAUCCCCGUGGAACCGGCUAUCUUUGCUGCCAAGCUGAUCUCCCGCCUGGAGAAGCUGAAGCUGGAGCAGGAGAGCAUGAACAGCCUGGAAGCCAGGUUGCAGCAGAUCAAGGAGGAUGAAGAGAAGGAGGGCUCAGAGUUGCCCAGUGGCACUCAGCUCAGCCGGGACCUGGGAGCCGCCUCCCAUUCCCAGCACCCACUCUCCCUCCUCCCCGCCGGCCGCUAUGAAGAGGACCCCCAGGCAAUCUUGGACGACCACCUGUCACGCGUGCUGAAGACCCCUGGCUGUCAGUCCCCCGGGGUGGGCCGUUACAGCCCCCGCUCCCGCUCCCCCGAUCCCCACCACCUCCCGGGGCGGGGUAAGCCGCCGUCAGUCUCGUCCGCCAGCUGCGCGCUCGGGGGCAAGGGGUUCGUGACCAAGCAGACCACCAAGCACGUCCACCACCACUACAUCCACCACCACACCGUCCCCAAGACGAAGGAGCAGAUCGAGGCUGAGGCGGCUCAGCGUGUCCAGGGCUACCGGGCAGGUGGUGCUGAUUAUUACUGCUAUGCCAAGUGCAAGAGCCCCGCCAAGGGAACGGAGCUGCCGCUGGUUCCUGGAGAGCAGUUAGGAGUCAGCAGAGGCAACACCAUGAACAAGCGGCCCGGCAAGACAUCCGAACCAGGCCCGGCCCCGGCAGCUGGGGAUGGAGGGGGCCUGCCCCUUGCCCCGGGAAUGCCCCCGCUUCCGGCGGAUGAAGCCGACAGGUCCCAGAAUGUCUGGCAGUGGAUGCUGGAGAGCGAGAAGCAGAACAAGCACAAGCCCCACAGUGCCCAAAGCACAAAGAAAGCACACCUGGCAGAGACUGCCCGCAGCACUGCCAGUGACCGGGCUGCUCGCCACCACCUGUGGGGAGGCAGCGGGACACACCCCCGUAUGGCCCAGCCAGCCCACCCCUUCGUCCAGGAUCCCGCCAUGCCACCGCUGACGCCACCCAACACCCUGGCCCAGCUGGAGGAGGCGUGUCGCAGGCUGGCUGAAGUGUCCAAGCCCCAGAAGCCCCAACGGUGCUGCUCAUCGAAUCAGCAGAGGGAUCGAAGCCACUGCCUCGGGGCUGAUGGGGGAGUCCUGCCCUUUUACAGCACUGGCCUUGUCCCAGAAGAUCACAAAGAGCCAAAGAAACUGGCAGGUGUCCACACCCCUCAUCCCAGCGAGCUGGUGGUCACUUAUUUUUUCUGUGGAGAAGAAAUUCCAUACAGGAGGAUGCUGAAGGCUCAGAGUCUGACACUUGGCCACUUUAAAGAGCAGCUGAGCAAAAAGGGAAAUUAUAGGUAUUAUUUCAAAAAAGCCAGCGACGAGUUUGAUUGCGGAGCUGUUUUUGAAGAGAUUUGGGAAGAUGACACAAUACUGCCAAUGUACGAAGGAAGGAUUCUGGGGAAAGUAGAAAGAAUCGAUUGAAGUUUUUGUUGUAUUUUUUAAAUUUUUUUUUUGUCUGAAAAAACUGGAAACUAAGUGAAAACUAUGUUCUGGAUGCAACACUUUGAAGGAAAAUUGAACCAAUGAAGAAGAAAAAGUCUUGGAAGACUUACCAAAUCAGCCUUAGAAGAGGGGAAAAAAUGGCAUUCAUUAUUCAUGAGCUGGGUUCUGUGAAGACCCCUGAACUAUUUAUUAAAAACAUAACCACUGUUGGCUAUUGAAGGUGCAGACCCUGUUUGAGAGAGAGACUUUACAUAAUAUAUGACUUCCCACAGAUCGAAAAAUCCAUGGACUAAGAGAAACUGUGUAUAGCUUACCUUCACAGUAAUCCUUACUGAUAUUUAUUGAACUGACCAUUUCCCUUAAGUCCAAUUUUUUGGAUAUGCUGCUUUAACAAUGGAGAGGGGAGAGAGAAUGUUUUUGAUUAAAUUUUGUUCUCUCCAGACUUGGGGUAAAGGUACAAGUGCAUGAGUAAUUUUGUUUCUGAACAAGAAAUUCUGUUGUGCCUCAUAUUUCUCCAAGUUUGAGAAACUUUAAAAAUGGUACCCUUCAAUUCACUCAUCUAGAAAUUGGUGCAUUUUUAACCUAUGCUGCUGUCAGUGGUAAUAAAAAGGUCUUAAAGGGUUAGCUGUUGCAAUGUAGUCGUGACAUGGAAACAGCGUAUACUUUGUUCUAGGAUUUCUGGGUGUGUGUGUAUGUGUGUGUGUGUGCGUGUAUGCGUGCAUGCUUAUAAGGAAGGGGUUUUAUGGUUACAACCAGGGGCUGCCUCUUCUAUAUGUUAUCUGCUCUUUCCUCACCCAUGAGAGAAAUAGAGGAGAAAUCUGGCAAGUCAUAUCACACCUGACAAAGCCAACUGAAUCAUCUAUCACAUGUGUGUUGACCUAAAUCAUGGUAUGUGUGUGUAUCUAGUAAUUUAGAAGUAUGUGUGUGUGUGUGAGAGAGAGAGAGAGAGAGAGAGAGAGAUGACUUAGAACAUCCUGUACAGAAACACCAGGUGAAGCCCGGGGGUUUAAACUUCCGGGCUCAUUGUAGAAGUUCUAGUCAUACCUCUUGCUAGCACAUCCUCUGCCCAAGCUUCCCCGCCCCCCCAUCCCACCUCUCUCCCUAACAAGAUUCCCCCAAGAAAUACUUCACGACGCUUAGAAAAUUGACCCACCCCAUUCCCAAAGGUGUAUGAAGUUGAUACUUGGCAGCACUCUCACCCCCCCCAAAAUGACCUAACGUUGAUGUUUGGGUUUUGUUGUGUUAAAUUAAUCUGUGCAUCCCGUUUGCCAUUGCUACCUUGUAUAAUAUGUCUGUAUAUAUUGAUUGUAUGGUGAAAGAUUAUUAAUACACUAUCUCUAGUGUUUUAAAUUGACUCGGUACAGUACCUGUGCCUGCAUGGUCCUUGCACCAUGGAUUUGCCCUAUAUUGAGGGCUCAAGCUCUCCCUUGUUUUUUUAAAGGGGUUUAAUGUAUAAAUAUAUUUUAUGCCUUUUUAUUAUGUCUUGUACUCAUGACUUUUGCCAUGGCAUUUUGUUCUACUUAUACUGUAAAUUAUGCAUUAUAAAGAGUUUCAUUUAAGGAAAAUUACUUGGUACAAUAAUUAUUGUAAUUAAGAGAUGUAGCCUUUAUUAAAAUUUUAUAUUUUUCAAAUUAA